CCCAGGCCAGCUCUGGCCUGGCUCCAUCUUGGGCCGCAGUGCCGGGCACCUGUGGAGGCCGCAGGAGCAGAGCUUUCAAAGACCCGCGCUGCCCUCGGGUGGGCGAGAGGGGGGUGUGCUGAGCUGGACUCUGCAGUAAACCUGGAGCUCCUGGAGGACUGCUGCUCCAGAAACAUCCGUACUGUGGCCCGAAGAGCCUCCAGCCACCUCCUGAGCACCGGGAAGGCCAGAGCAGCCAUGAGCACCGGCACCCCCAGGCCAGAUGCCCAGACACCUCUGAGCCCCCGCCCACAACCCUUGUCCCGGAGCUCCUCGAGCCUGGUGAGCGAAGGCCGGGGCCAGAGACCAGAGCUCCGCAAGAGUGCCAGCAGCACGGUGUGGCAAGCCCAGCCGGGUGAGGCUGGGGCCAGUCCCAGGGUCCUGGAGGAAGAGGCGCACCAGACUGAGAGUGUGGAGCAGGCCCAGGCCUCCAGCCCCCAGCCCAGGGCCGUGGGCCACUGGCGGAGCAGCACUGUGGGCAACGUGUCUGCCGUGGGUGGCAGCGACCUGUGCUGCCCACGGGCCCCCAGCGCCGCAGCUGUGCAGCGGAGUCGCUCGGACCUGGUGCGCACUACCCAGACCCGGGGCCCCGGCGGUGCCUGCAAGGCCAGCCUCAGCUGCUCGGCCCUUGGCAGCUCUCCGGUCCACAGGACUCAUCUGCAGCCUAGCGGUACUGCUGGGCCGGGAGACCAGGCCUCUUCUGCUCCGGAAAGGGGUCCGGAUCCGGAGGAUGGGACUUCAGACUCAGCCUGGACCCUGGGACAGAGUCAGGUGUGGGUGCCGCCACUUGACCUGGCAGACCUGGGAGGCACCACUGAGCACGGCGGCGGCCCCCCGGCCAUGCCCAAAGCCACUGGGCAGCUGACUACCACCUCCUGCCAGGCCCUCCCGCCAGCAGCUCUACUCUGCGGCAUGAGGGAGGUGGGGGCUGGUGGUUGCUGCCAUGCCCUGCUCACCCCACGGCUCCUCUUUCCCAAACUAGUGGCAUCAGUGAGUGAGUCUGGGUUGCAGGCUCAGCAUGGAGUGAAGUUUCAGUGCAGGUUACCUGGAGGGUUUCCUGGGCAUCCCCACUGCUGUGCCCAUCCUUGGGGCCCUACCAGGUUAGCCACGGAGCCUGGCUCCAGGACCAAGGAUGUGUGUACCAUGACCUCAGCCAGUGACUUGUCCCCAACGUGGGCAUCUCCUCCCUCAGCCCAGGAUGCUGGUGUGCAGGCGGCUCCAUUGGCCACCUGCAAGGCUGUGGCCACCAGCCCACCCCUGGGGACCCCUGUGGCCCUGCACACAUUCCCAGAGGUAGCUCUGGGGUCCGGCCCAGAGGAGACACCCUCUCCUGUGAGGGAUGUGCGGUGGGAUGCUGAGGGCAUGACAUGGGAGGUGUAUGGCGCGUCUGUGGACCCUGAGGUGCUCGGUGUGGCCAUCCAGAAGCACUUGGAGAUGCAGUUUGAGCAGCUGCAGCGAGUGCCCCCCAGUGAAGAUAGUCUGUCUGCAGAGGGCCGGAGGGGGCCGCUGCGAGCUGUCAUGCAGUCCCUGCGGCGCCCCAGCUGCUGUGGCUGUUCCAGUGCAGCCCCUGAGUAGCUGGAGCCCUCAGAGUGGCCCUGGAGCCAAGGAUCUGGACCUGGGCUAAGGACAGACAGUGGGGACACUGCCCACUGGACCUCUGGCAGCCAUGGACAUGUCCUGGCUCUCUGCUGCCUGCAGACUUCAGGACUGCAGCCUUCGGGCUUUUGGCUCCAGGAAGCUGGACUGGUUUUUAAGGGCUUGAUUCCGUGAGCCACCUCGCUACACAUCCUGCUCGCUCUGAACUUUGGGACAGGGUCUCAGCACUGUGCGGAAGGGGGAUGCUGGUUUUGCUGUAAAAGCACCUGGCCUCUGCAGUGUCUCCUCCCAAUUCUGCCGUCACUUCCCCUUAGAUGCUUGGUGGCUUUGUUUUAAAACAGUGCUAAAAUAUAACAAAUUUUUGACAUGCAAGAGGGCCCCAAGUGACAGGUACUGCCUGGGUCUUUAGGGAGGGGACUGAUGUUGGUAGGGCCUCCUGCCAGCCACCCACAGUGCUCACCGCUUUAGUUGUUGGUUCUUCGCCUUGUUUUGCUGACGGAACCACAGGGAUCUGGCUGGGGUGCCUCAAGCUGGCAGAGUCAAAGCCAGGAGUGGCUGAAGCCUGGGACCUUUCCCCCCAACACACAGUGUCGGUACGGGCAGUCAUGAACAAGAAGAAUCUGUUGGGCCCAUGCUCUGUGCGAGGUCCGGGGGAUUCCGUCAGGAAAUGAGAGGCUGCUGGUGCCCUUGCUGGUACCUUAGUGUGUGAGGUACCAGGGUGCUGAGCAUUAGAGAAGGGCCACCAGCUGCCACACGGGGUGCUUCUAGGGGCCAGCCCCCAUGUAUGUCACUGUGUCAGAGGCUGGGCGCAGUAAGGGAUGGAUGGGUGGGCACUUGUCCCCAGAUAUGUUGCAGUGCCUGAAA